AUGAGCUAUUCCGGCAACAGCUAUCGGAUUGUAAAUGUGGACCCUAAGUAUCCAAUCUAUCCCCCAGAGCAUAUUAUAGCGGAGAAAAGACGAGCAAGGAGACGUCUACUCCACAAAGAUGGCAGCUGUAAUGUGUAUUUCAAGCACAUUUUUGGAGAAUGGGGGAGCUACGUGGUCGACAUCUUCACCACUCUUGUCGACACCAAGUGGCGCCAUAUGUUUGUGAUCUUUUCUUUGUCUUAUAUUCUCUCCUGGUUGAUUUUUGGCACUGUCUUUUGGCUGAUAGCCUUUCAUCAUGGAGAUCUGUUGAAUGACCCAGACACCGUACCUUGCGUGGACAAUGUCCAUACAUUCACAGGCGCGUUUUUAUUCUCCCUGGAGACGCAGACCACCAUCGGUUACGGCUACCGCUGUGUCACUGAGGAAUGUUCUGUGGCAGUGCUGACGGUAAUCCUUCAGUCCAUUUUAAGCUGCAUCAUAAAUACCUUCAUCAUUGGAGCCGCCUUAGCCAAAAUGGCAACUGCUCGGAAGAGAGCCCAGACCAUUCGGUUUAGCUAUUUUGCGCUCAUAGGCAUGAGAGAUGGGAAACUUUGUCUCAUGUGGCGCAUUGGUGAUUUCCGGCCAAACCACGUGGUAGAAGGAACAGUCAGAGCUCAACUUCUCCGGUACACAGAAGACAGUGAAGGGCGGAUGACGAUGGCAUUUAAAGACCUCAAGUUAGUAAAUGAUCAGAUCAUUCUUGUUACUCCAGUAACCAUUGUUCAUGAAAUUGACCACGAGAGCCCUCUUUAUGCCCUGGACCGCAAAGCCGUAGCCAAAGAUAACUUUGAGAUAUUGGUAACAUUUAUCUAUACUGGAGAUUCCACCGGGACAUCUCAUCAAUCCAGAAGUUCUUAUGUCCCUCGAGAAAUUCUCUGGGGGCACAGGUUUAACGACGUCUUGGAAGUUAAGAGAAAGUAUUACAAAGUGAACUGCUUACAGUUUGAGGGAAGUGUUGAAGUCUACGCCCCCUUUUGCAGCGCCAAACAAUUGGACUGGAAAGAUCAGCAGCUCCACAACGUGGAUAAAGUAGCAGCAUUAAGAGCAUCCAGCGCUUCAGACACCAAGGUCAGGCGAAGGUCAUUUAGUGCGGUGGCCAUUGUUAGCAGUUGUGAAAAUCCUGAAGAGACCACUAGCUCCACCAGGGAAGAUUAUAAGGAGGUGCCUUAUCAGAAAGCCCUCCUAACAGUAAAUAGGAUCUCUGUAGAAUCCCAAAUGUAG